AUGGCACACUACUCGCACGAAAAGCAUGGCGACAUGGAUAUCAUAUUCGCAGGCGGAGGCACUGCGGCCUGUGUGGCAGCUGGACGACUGGCGGCUGCAGAUCCGACCCUCAAAAUUUUGUUGAUAGAGCAAGGGCCGAACAACUUUGAAGAGCCAGCUGUGGUUCAUCCUGCACUAUAUCUCUCGCAUCUGUCACCAGACAGCAAGACAGCUCUGUUCUACAAAUCUCGUCCAUCGAGUCAUCUUGAUGGGCGUGAGGCUGUGGUGCCCGCAGGUGGCACGCUCGGCGGUGGUUCUUCCAUAAACUUCAUGAUGUAUACGAGGUGCCAGAGUAUUGACAUGGAUGCGUGGAAAACCCCAGGGUGGACGGCUCGUGAAAUGCGGCCGGUGUUUAACAAGCUUGAGACAUUCCAUCAGGAUGAGCAAGGCAUUGACAAGAAUAAGCAUGGAUAUGAAGGACCGAUACACAUCUCCUCAGGAGGUUUUCGAAGCAAGAGCAGCGAUGUGUUCAUCAACACCGUGAAACAGAUGGGCUUUGACGAGAUUGUUGAUCUACAGGAUCUAGAUCAGGUUGGCGGCUUUUCUAGGUGGCAACGAUAUGUUUCACCGGACGGCAAGCGCCAGGAUACUGCUCAUUGUUACAUUCACCCACUCUUGCAAGACGGGAAGCACCCCAAUCUACAUAUCUUGGUCAACUCGCAAGUUAUACGUAUCGUUUUCGAUGGGGAACAGUCUCCACCACGAGUGACCGGUGUUGAGUAUCAGACCAAGCUUGUCAGCCAACCUGCAACUGAGCUCUCGCAGCCCAAGGUGCAGACCAUUUCGGCCAAGAAACUGGUUGUCGUAUCCGCAGGAGCCUUAGGUAGUCCCCAGAUCCUCGAGCGAUCGGGAGUUGGCUGCUUCGAACUUUUGCACAAGCUCGGUGUCGAUGUUGUCAGCGAUUUGCCAGGUGUUGGUGAGAACUACCAGGACCACCACCUGUGCUUGUAUCCUUAUCACUCUAGUCUCCCUCCAGAAGAGACAUUAGACGACAUAUUCAGCUCUCGAAUGGAAGUCGCCACAGCAGCCGAGAAGAAGGACCAUCGACUGGGCUGGAACGCUAUUGACAUAUGUUCCAAACUCCGGAUGACAGAUGAAGAUGCGAAAGCACUUGGCACGGACUUCGAGGCCGACUGGCAACGAGACUUUGCGCCUCAUCCAACUCGGCCUGUGAUGCUCUGCGGCAUGGUGAAUGCUUUCAUGGGGGAUGCUGCACUGGUCAGUCCUGGCCAGUAUUUUACGCUAGGAGCGUAUACUGCGUAUCCUUAUUCCCGGGGUUCAAUUCAUAUCAACUCGGCUACCGAUGUGGAUAGCGGGUACGAUUUUGACGCAGGCUUUCUGAGUCAUCCAUCUGAUAUCAAAAAGCAAGUAUGGGCAUACAAAUUGAUUCGCGAGAUUGCACGUCGACUGCCGUUCUUUGAAGGAGAGCUAGAAAUGGGACACCCCAAACUUCCCGGACACACGGCGUCAGAGGGAUUUCUGCCCAGUCGGGACCGUGAUCGUAUCCAGUACUCUCAGCAAGACGAUGAGACGAUCGAGAACUGGAUCCGACAGACUGUCAACACCACAUGGCACUCUCUUGGCACUUGUGCAAUGAAGAAAGCUGAGGAAGGGGGCGUUGUUGAUGGGGAUCUCAAUGUCCAUGGCACUACAGGCCUGAAGGUGGCCGAUCUGAGUAUCUGCCCAGCGAAUGUGGGGGGUAAUACCAACAAUCUUGCCAUAGCAGUAGGAGAAAAGGCCGCGAGUAUAAUUGCGCGGGAGCUAGGCUUCAAGCUCGAGCUAUCAGCGAUGCUGUGA